AUGACCCUUCAACAACCAAGCAUUUCACUUUCACAAACCCAACAUCAAACUGAAAAUAUCAAAGCUCCUAACACAACAAUGUCCCAACAGAGAUUCAUUUUCAGGAUCUUACUAUGUCUGGCACUUGUUCAGUUUCACACACAUAUCCCAAUCUGCAAUGGACUAUCAUUUGUUGACCUCAAUCUGUUGAAACACAGUGAAAUGGCUGUAAUGACCAAAAGGGUUUGCACCAAGAGCAUUGGGGAGUGCUUGACAGAACCAGAGAUGGAUUCAGAGACCAACAGAAGAGUUCUGAUAAUGGAGAAAAAGUACAUUAGCUAUGGGACACUGAAGAGGGACAUGGUUCCAUGUGAUAGGGCUGGAGCUUCUUACUACAAUUGUCAUGCAAGACAAGCAAAUCCUUAUAAUAGAGGCUGUGAGGUAAUUACUGGAUGUGCAAGAGGUGUUCAAGCCAUCAAGACUUGAUAAAGAGUCAUUAGAAUGGAUGAAGGAAAGGGAGCCAAGUGGCUGUACUUUCUUCUUCCUUCUCUUUUUUUCCCUUUUUCCCAUCUGAGUUUUCCUCUGUAGUUAAGGUCAUGAUCUUAUAUGCUUUCUAUUUACUUUAUUUUUAAACUUAUAAUAUGACUAGGGUAUCUAUGAAAAUAUCUAAUUUCUUUCCGAGCAAAUAUCACUCCAGAUGUG